UGCCAAAAUUAAUGUUUCUCGUCUUCGCCUAGUUGAGUUCACUGCCAUUUCUGAACUGCAAAACACAGAACUGAUCACAACACUUUAGAUCUCUCUCUACAAAAAGUAAUGCAAAAACUAACCUCAGACUCACCCUCACCGUCAACUUCCACGUCAUCAACUCCGAUCACUAAAACAGCCGAACGACCGCCGUUUCUCAAGAAGUCAAAAACAUCCAUCACCGACGACUCUCACUUUCCCGGUCCACUCUUUCCCUCCGUCCGCCGUAUCUCCUCCUCUCCGUCUCCUCCGCCUUCCGUCCGCUCUCAAUUUCCUCAUCUCCGCGUCUCCGUCAACACCGCCAAUGACUCGUCUUCACCUCCCAGUGACGCUACUAACAUUGUCGACAACAGCUUUUCAGGUCGGGAUUGGGUGUAUCCGUCGUUCCUCGGAGCUCACGUGGCGGCCAAUCGAGUACCGGUGAAAGGUCGCCGUGGUAAUAACGUUGUGGAAGAGAAGAAGACGGUGUUUAGGGAUUCGGUGAAAGUAAAGGCGGAGGUAAAGGCGGAGAAAAAAGAAGCGGAAACGGGUCGAGAUUUGGUGACUCAGUCCUGUUCGAGUUUGAAUUCUUUGACUCAGUCGAGUUCUUCAAGGAUUAGUUCUAGUAGUAGUAGUCGAGGAGGCUUAUUUAAAUAUUCUUUUUUCUUUUAUUUUCUCAUUUUCACUUGUAUAUUGUCAGUAUCUUUUUCGAUCGACUUGCGGAGUAAAGUCGGGAAGUUAGAGGAAGAGAAUAGUAACCUUCGUAGAGCAUGUAGUAACCAAGGUGGUAUUGGUAAUAAUAACAUCGAAGUUUUGCAACUAGAAGAUGACAGCUUGUUUAAUUUCCGAAAUGCUGACAGUAGAACUGUUGCUUUGUACAUUGUGAUUUUCACACUCAUAAUGCCUUUUAUAUUCUAUAAAUAUCUCGAUUACCUUCCACAAAGUAAGUCUCUAUCAAAAAGAUCUAAGAAUAACAAGGAGGAGGUUCCCUUGAAGAAGAGGAUUGCGUAUAUGGUGGAUGUAUUUUUCUCUGUUUAUCCUUACGCAAAGCUGCUAGCUCUACUAUUUGCAACCAUAUUUCUGAUAGGAUUUGGCAGCUUGGCGUUGUAUGCUGUCAGCGAUGGUAGCUUUGCUGAAGCUCUUUGGCUAUCAUGGACAUUUGUGGCCGAUUCUGGAAAUCAUGCGGAUAGGGUUGGCACUGGGCCGAGGAUUGUUUCUGUCUCUAUAAGUUCAGGAGGAAUGCUGAUAUUUGCUAUGAUGCUUGGACUUGUUUCGGAUGCCAUCUCAGAGAAAGUAGAUUCAUUACGGAAAGGGAAGAGCGAAGUUAUUGAAAAGAACCAUAUUCUAGUUCUUGGAUGGAGUGACAAAUUGGGCUCACUUUUGAAGCAGCUAGCCAUAGCAAACAAAAGUGUAGGUGGUGGUGUUGUUGUAGUACUAGCAGAAAGAGAGAAGGAGGAAAUGGAGAUGGAUAUAGCUAAGCUAGAAUUUGACUUUAUGGGAACUUCUGUUAUAUGCAGGAGUGGCAGUUCUCUUAUUCUGGCCGACUUAAAGAAAGUUUCAGUUUCUAAGGCACGGGCUAUCAUUGUAUUAGCAUCUGAUGAAAAUGCUGAUCAGAGUGAUGCACGUGCUUUAAGGGUUGUUCUCAGCCUAACAGGUGUUAAAGAGGGUUUGAAAGGUCAUGUUGUUGUAGAGAUGAGUGACCUUGACAAUGAACCUCUGGUGAAGCUUGUUGGAGGCGAACUCAUUGAAACAGUUGUUGCACAUGAUGUGAUUGGCCGUUUGAUGAUCCAAUGUGCUCUUCAACCCGGGCUUGCUCAGAUUUGGGAAGACAUAUUAGGUUUUGAGAAUGCAGAAUUUUACAUUAAAAGGUGGCCUCAGCUGGAUGGUCUGCGUUUUGAAGAUGUUCUUAUUUCAUUUGCUGAUGCAAUUCCUUGUGGAGUUAAGGUUGCUGCUGAAGGUGGGAAGAUUAACUUAAAUCCAGAUGAUCUCUAUGUUUUAAAAGAAGGAGACGAAAUCCUAGUCAUAGCUGAGGAUGAUGACACUUAUUCCCCAGGUCCUCUUCCAAAGAUACGUGGGGGUUCUUGUCCAAAACUAAUUGAUCCUCCAAAAUAUCCAGAGAAGAUACUAUUCUGCGGAUGGCGCCGCGACAUUGAUGACAUGAUUAUGGUUCUAGAGGCUUUUCUAGCUCCAGGUUCAGAACUUUGGAUGUUCAAUGAGGUACCAGAGAUUGAAAGGGAAAAGAAGCUUACUGAUGGUGGACUUGAUAUUUCUGGACUUGAGAACAUAAAACUGAUCCACCGUGAGGGAAAUGCUGUCAUUAGACGGCAUCUGGAGAAUCUUCCUCUAGAAACUUUUGAUUCUAUAUUAAUUCUUGCAGAUGAGUCAUUAGAAGAUUCUGUUGUGCAGUCUGACUCGCGAUCUCUUGCUACCCUUCUUCUCAUUCGAGAUAUACAGUCAAAGCGUCUCCCGUACAAAGACACAAAGACAACUUCUUUACGUCAUUCUGGGUUCUCUCAUAGCUCUUGGAUACGUGAAAUGCAACAAGCUUCUGACAAAUCAAUAAUUAUUAGUGAAAUCCUGGAUUCUAGGACUAGAAAUCUGGUCUCGGUAUCCAGAAUCAGCGAUUAUGUUCUAUCAAAUGAACUUGUAAGUAUGGCUCUAGCAAUGGUGGCUGAAGACAAGCAAAUUAAUCGUGUUCUUGAGGAACUGUUUGCGGAGGAGGGGAAUGAGAUGUGUAUUAAGCCUGCAGAAUUCUACCUAUUUGAUCAGGAAGAGCUUUGUUUUUACGAGAUAAUGAGGAGAGGCCGUCAGCGAAACGAAAUUGUGAUUGGCUAUCGUCUUGCAAUUGCAGAACGUGCAAUAAUUAACCCUCCAGAGAAGUCGAUACCAAGGAAAUGGUGCCUUGAGGAUGUUUUCGUUGUCAUCUCCUUUGGGGAAUGACAAGAAACAAUCAACCAUCACUGAUGCUGCAGUUUCACUAGUAAUGGACUCUCUCCCGUUGUCCCUUAGUGGUAGAGAGAUCGGCUAUUAACUGACUGGUGGUAGGUGCGAAACUUAAGGCGAGCUGCCAAAAUUGUCUCCUCUUGAUUUCAGAUAGGUACAUUAUAAUUUGUAACUCAAAAAGUUUACUCUAGAAAUAAUUGGCUGAUAUAGAUAAGCUGUAGAUCACAAUCUUUCAGAUUCUGAUUCUUGAAAAACUGUUGUUGUAAAAUUGUAACAUGUUAGUCAAUAGUCACUAAAUGAGCUGAUCUUUUGUAUUGGUCAAAAAAUUAUCCGGUUCUUUAUAUAUUGUACUAGUUAGAGUGAUUUUGUUUAA